AUGGCCACCGAUUACUUUUCCACUGAUCCCAUUGUGGCUCCACAGGAUUCAUCGUCUGGACGCUUGGGCGUCAGUGGCAGUGGUGGCGGCGGUCUCACACCUGGACAUCCCAUCAAUGGAUUUCUUUCGCCCAAUUUUUGGUUGUUCCAAACCGCUUCCGAGGGCACUCAUCCCAAUCAAUCCAUGACAAACCUCUCAAGUGGCAGUGACACACCUAUGAGUGUCGGUGGUGGGACCAUUGAGACUCGUAACAGUUCCCUGAGUACGACGGCUACUCAACAAUCUCCUUUCAACUCGGCUGUCAGUAUCCCUGGAUCUACCGAUCAAUCACCUGCCAUUCAUCCCUCGCAGCUCGAAUCUGUCAACUUUACCAACCCUUUCCAUCAUCAUCAACCUGAAGGAGCCGCAUCAGCUUCUUCCUCUUCUUCAUCAUCUGUUCCUCAGGUUGGGAUGAAAUUCGAUAGACCCAAUGCGAUACACACCUCUCUCCUUGUUUCCCCCAGGAAGAGAGGUAAAGCCACUUCGCAGUCUUUGCCGACGCUUAUCACCACCACUCAGAUGGAGACCAGUAUGGAUUCGCCUGAAUCGUACGAGAUCAGUACGCCCGAUAUCAAGCCUGUAGUUCAUCACAUCAGACCCCCGCUGAGAUCAGAAGCCAAUGCAGUCGCCUCUUCAUCUUCGUCUUCAGGUCAAGGACACUCGCGUCGAACAUCGACCGCCAAGCGACGGAUGAGCUCCAUGGAUUCGUUGAUGGAAGAGCCGGACGAGGUCGACUCAGAGCAUGAACAAUACGAGAUUUCAGAAGGCGUGGAAAGGGACGGAAUGAUCUGGGGCAUGAAGGUGGAGGAUUAUAGAGCGUUGACAGCAAGAGAGAGAAAACGAGUCAGGAACAGGAUCUCAGCGAGAACAUUCAGAGCGAAGCGAAAAGAACAUCUCUCGUCACUUGAAACGACGCUCAACGCCAAAGAGACUAAACUCCGCCUGGCGACAGAUGAGGCUGCCCGCUUGAGAAAGCAAGUGGCAGAUCUCAAGAAACGAUUAUCAAAGUACGAGGCUGUCUGA